GCAUCAAGUUUGUCCAUUGUUGUAGGGUAUCUGCGAGGAGAUGACGUAUGAAGAGAUCCAGGAGAAGUACCCAGAAGACUUUGCUGCCAGGGACCAAGCAAAGUUCACGUACCGUUACCCGCGCGGCGAGAGUUACGAGGACCUGGUGGCGAGGCUGGAGCCUGUCAUAAUGGAGCUGGAACGUCAGGGCAACGUGCUGGUGGUGAGUCACCAAGCCGUCAUCCGAUGCCUUUUGGCCUACUUCCUGGAUAAGAGCGCAGAUGAACUGCCGUAUCUGACUGUGCCAUUGCAUACUGUGAUCAAGCUGACACCGGUUGCGUACGGCUGCCGCGUGGAACACGUCAAGCUUGGGAUCGAUGCCGUCGAUACACACAGGCCCAAGCCUCCUGGCUCGAAGGAAGGUGGCCCUGACCUUAAUGAGAUUAACGAACGCUUGUCUCGUACAACGUUAGCGGACGAUAAUCUCAAAACGGGGAAUCUCUGAGACCAAACUAUUCAUUCUGCUGGGACUUUAGUGACAAUCGUUGUGCUAGUUUAGUCGUGGUAUGUAGUCUUGGUCAGGGUUAAAUUAUUUUUAUUUCCAUGGUUGGUGCUGUUAUUUUCUUGCCACUUACGCAAGAGCUGCUAUUUAAAAAAUAUAGAAGUACAAGUUAAUGUUGAUUUUUAAUCUUUUUGAUUUCUUUUUUACUAUAAAUUCCCCUUGUCAGGGAUAAAAUGUGUAAACGUUACGUGUUAAAUUGUAAGAAUAGAACACUUUAUAAUUAAUGAAUUCAUACAAAAUUUUCAUAAAUAAAUUAUUUAAAGCAAGUGUGAAUAGUUUUUGAGGUAUCUAGUAACAGUACUAUGAGUCAUUUUACUUAUUUUAAUCAUAUUUAAUUUUCAAUAUCCAUCAAUAAAAACAAAAUGUUUAAUACUAGCUCUAAUAAUUUUUUUUAAAGAUUUUAUAAAUCUGCAAGUUUUUAAGCGUUUAUUUUAGUUUGUACUACUACUUUAGGCUCACUACAACUUUAUUUGUAAGUUUUAACUCUAUGGAGUACGUCAUAAGUUAUUAAAAGCUUAAAAAUAACACAACAGAAUAAACUCAAAAUCCUAACUCAAGAACUAACUGCACACAAGGAACACUCAUUUUUCCCCUGAGGGCUGAACACGUGCUGCAACACAUGUUGCAACAUAGUUUAUAAUGGUCUUGUGUACAUGUGAGGUACCUCUGAAAUUUGUCAGUUUCAGGUUUAACGUAAUCAUUGUGUGCUUUCUAUCCAUGUGUUAGUAUUGUGAAUUUUUUGUGUUAAUAAUGUGGGUUUGUUAACUUUUUAUGUAUUCCUUGGUGUAAAAGCACAGAAAAUCCUAAAGAUGAGUCAUUGGAUUGUUCAUGAGUAGGCUCGAAUCCAUUUUUUAUGACUAAAGGUAGUUUAAUCUAUUAUUAUUAAUAUUACAGUUUUUUGCAAUGUGAUUUGGAGGUUAGCUACAUGACUUUUAAUUAACGUCAUAAAAUUUUCCAGCAAUACCACAUCAAAACAUAGCAAACACAAUGAAACCCAUCGAAAUAUUUUAGACUUGCUGUGAAAAGCCAUCUUCAGUAGAUGUUAAACUGAAACUGCCAAUAAUACACACCUGCCUGUAAAGGGGAUAUGUAUUAUUGCAAGUUUCAGUUUAACAUCUGUUGACUGAAGGUGGCUUUUCACAGCAAGGCUGAAAUGUUUCAAGAAGUUAAUUGUGUAAGCAAUGUUUCGAGAUGGUGUGAACCGGAAGACUGAUGUUAGUUAAGAUUAAACAGUUUAAUGGUGAAAUAUAUUUAUUUUAAUUAUUUAGUCCAAAAUAUGAGCUAGUUGAAAACCAAUCUCAACUUUCUAGUAGUUUGUUUGUUACCUUUCCAGUGACCAACAAAAUAAAUUUGCCCCUUAAUGGACUUGAUAGAAAGAAACAAACACAUAAGAUCAAAUUGAACACACAUUUUAAAUUAGAUUUUCAAUACUACAUUGAAAUUAAAUUUGGUUAUGUCAUGUAUUGAGGAAUUUUUCCUUUGAUUCAAGGAUGAAGAUAAAGGCACAACAUAUAUUUUUGUAAAUAAAUACCAUUUCAUUACGAGUCAGAAUAUGAAAAAACAAAAUAAAAGCAAUAUAGAGAUGUGUGUUCUUUUAUAGUAACAAAUAUUAUUAUUUUUUAUUGUUGGAGGAGAAUAUGAUUAUGUGAUGGUAUUUUAUAGUCUUGUUAAUAUAUUUUUGUAUAUAGUUGAGCCACUUAUUUUACCUGUUUUUUAAAUAAAUAUAAUCCUGUUAUAGAAUAUUUUUGAAACUUGGGUAGGUUUUAUUUCAAAAGUUCCAUUUUUUUAGUUCCAAAAAGAAUAAAUAACAUAUUGAAGAUAAAGCCCAAAUUCAAAUGUGUGUACAAGCUUUACUCAAUAUUCAAAACUCUUUCAACAAACAGUUUUAAAUAUGCCUAUAGUUCCUAAAAUCUAAUUAUAAAAGAUGAGUUUACAAUCUACUGUGUAACACCACUUUGAUUUCUUCCUUUCGGUCGUCUGGUUCUUGUACUAUUAGCUCUGCCUAGACCUACAUAAUUCUAUUUGACAUUUUAAAUAUUUCCAAUACAACUUAAGGUUAUUAAACUUUACAGGGUAUAGGUUUUCUGAAAAUAAUAAAAUGCCCAAAACAUUUAUAAUUAUUGGGCCAAAUCCAAUCUUACCCAAGAUUUAUAAUUUAUUACUAACUCUAUCUAACUUCUCGACUCUCAGUUUUUUCAUCUCUACCUGACUUCUUGACUCUUCAGUUUUAUUAUCCCUGUCUGACUUCUUGACUCUUCAGUUUUACCAUCUCUACCUGACUUCUUGACUCUUCAGUUUUAUUAUCCCUGUCUGACUUCUUGACUCUUCAGUUUUACCAUCCCUACCUGACUUCUCGACUCUCAGUUUUAUCAUCCCUAUCUGACUUCUCGACUCUCAGUUUUAUCAUCCUUACCUGACUUCUCGACUCUCAGUUUUAUCAUCUCUACCUGACUUCUUGACUCUUCAGUUUUAUUAUCCCUGUCUGAUACCUUGACUCUCAAUUUUACCAUCCCUAUCUGACUUCUUGACUAAGGUCUGUCCCUAUCUGACCCUAUCUCAACCCUCAGAUCUUCUCUAAACACAUAAUUUACAUCUUCUAAACACCUCAGAUUACUGCUACUCAGAGCCAUAAAAAUAACUUGUAAAGGUAAAAAGCAGUUUUUGUCAUAAGUGUAUCAGAGAUAUAUAUACUGAAAUUGAAAAUUUUAUAUUAUAUUAAAUGAUUAUGUGCCGCAGUCAUUAUAUUAGUGUCAUUUGAUCAAUCUGUUGGCAACUCUGAUUCUGUAGAAUUAAACAGCUGAUUCAAUGUUUUUAUUUUCAGCUGUUUUUUUUUAUAUUUGUUUAAAUAAUUUUAAUUUAUUUUUAUUGGUACUACAAUGCUGUUACAAAUGUAGAUUUUUAACUAAAAGAUUUUAUAUAGAGACAUUAUUAAUAAAUAGUAUUGGUGCUAUGAUGAAUAAUGUUAUGUAUUAAACAUGAACAUUUAUUUUUUGCCUCUAGAAGUAGAUGUCUAUAGGAACAGUUAGUGACUCAUUCUAGAGUUUUACUUUUUAAAUAGCAGCUCAUGCGUUAUUAUCAUCGAAAUUAGAGGUUGUGCUCAAUAGAAUAGUAACAAGUUCACGUAUUGACCCUUUUAACCCCGAUGUCUGAAUUAUACGGACAUUGUAAAAAUGGCAUCAACUCUCGACGCUCGUAUGUGAUUGUCAGUUAGUGAUCGAGAAAUCAUUAAGGGAGGCUAUCUGCACAUGAGAGACAUCGUCAGGAUGGCUGUGUGGUCUAAGGCUCUUGGACGCGGGAGUUAGCCUUGAGUUCGAUCCACGCGCCUGACAUAAAAAUAGAUUUUUGUGGUCUGGUGUACACUUAUGAGAGUCACUGAUCUGUGGUAAAGACGGUGGGAAAACCCACCUUAAAUUAACGGUGGGUGGAAGUUAACGGGAUCAGUGAUUUUCUUAUAUAAGUUUGCCAGACCUAAAACACCCCUUUUUCAUUUUUUGUCCUCACUAUUAACACAAAACCACUUGAUUUAUGUUUAUUUUUUGCUCUAAGAUAAAUUUAUUAUUGAAUCAUGACCAUAAUAAAAGCUUUUAAGAGUCAGAACUGUACAUACAUAUUGUCGAAAGUGACUUGGAAUUUUCAGCACAUUACUUUUUAUAAUGGCUGGGGUUAAAAGGGUAAUGCAAAAUUUAAUUAUCUGACGGAAGAGGUAUUAACUCUGAGCCUUUGUAUCUUAUGCCUUUAGUAUAAAAAUUAUUGUGUGGUGCUUACAACUUAAUCCUUUCAGUGUCAAGAUCAAUUCUCAUGUUACAAUUAAUCUCUAAUGGCAGCCAGCCACUUUUGAUUAAGAUUUUGAGCUAGGAAAAAGUAUAAAAUUGUUAUUAUUGAACAUUUUUGGAGAAGAGCCUUUAUCAAAUCAUUAAGAAAGAGAAGUUUGAUUGCAUGAGGUACAGCUGUGAGUAUUGCAGUUCAGUUCUCUCAAGAGCAACAAAGAAUUUUCCAACGCUGAUACACAUUCAGUUUUUUGACCAUCUAAAAUUUUAAUGAACGAGACCUUUCAGAAUUACCAAUUGUGGUAAAAACAUGAAUUUUAACAUCAAGCUCAUGAAUGUUUGAACAGUUAAUAUUGUUGUUUACUUAUAGUAGUAGAACGGGUUUUAAUUUGUUCCAUAUUAAGUUAUGUGCUUUAUGAAAUACAAAACGUUACGUAAAGCGACUGGCAUUUUAAUCACAAGUCUCACAUAAUGGCACUAAAAGGGUUAAAUCGUAAGACGUGAUGUCACGCAAAUUCUUAUCAUGGUGGAGUAAAACGAGAAUUACUCCAUCUUCCUUACUACUCUGAUUGGCACAACCUCUACUGGUUAACAUAAACUAUGUUUAUAGUAAAUAGGUAAUUGCUCAAAUAGUCUAUGUAUUUGGUCAUUGCUGUGCAAUAUUAUUUUCCUUUCUGCCUUACUGGCAUUAUUGUGAUGUAAAUGUUAAGACUGUUUUAAUACAAUAUUUAUACACUAUACACUAUAGCAGCUGAAUGGGAUGCCUUACACUAAUGUUUUAUAUACAUGUAACAAUCAAGUGUAUUUUGUAUAUAAAAAUCACGGUUAAAUUGUUCGAAUGCAUUUUUUUCAGUAUAGUUUAAAGCAGUGCUGAAUGAGUUAUUUAAGUUUACCGUAGAAUAUAAAAAAUAGGCAUAUUUUGGGUGUGGUACAUAUAACCGCACUUACUACUAUAGUCUGCAGACUGAAACUUUGUUCCUUUUAUAAUAUGGAACUACCAGAAUUGUGAUUAUUUUAUUUUAUUCAAACUUUCAAUUCGACAUCAACUAUUUCAUUUUUCAAGUUUUGUGAAGUUUAACACGUUCACGACGACGUGUACCCGAUAGGGUACACACCAGGCUUUCAUAAAGCGCUUCGUGUGGCCGGUAGGCUACACUUUGCUAUGCAUUUACUUAUUGUGUUUUUAUUGUUUGCGUCUUAGGCGUUUGUUACAUUUGAUCCCGCGUUUAAAUAAAUACCUCAGACUAUAUUGUGUACCCCGUCGGGCACACGAUUACUUAAUUUUUUAGGUACCCCUUGGGCUACCCGGAAAAGCAUUGAAAAAGAAACAUAUUGAAAUAAUUUGUUUGAACGAAAUUGCGAAACCUACAUACUUUUCUUGUUAAACUUAGACGUUUAACGUAAAAUACUGAUUACAGUUUUUAGCCAUUAUUAUUGAAAACUUUGACAGCGUAUAAAGAAGUGCAGAGAUUAGUCGUCAUCGUGAAUGUGUUAAUACCCUUUUGGGGUUUUAACCUCAUAAUUUUUUUAAUUACCAAACUAUUGUAACAUUCAAUAAACUAUUUCCCGAUUCCACAAAUUCAGUUCUCUAAAAUCGUAUUCCAGUUUGAACUUGAACAUUAUUUCUCGUUACCUUUCAGUUAGGAUUAUGUGUAGGAAUAAUUUACCUAAAAUAAGUUCAAUAAGUAGUUUGCAUCAUUUCUGACAAACAUGCAACGAACCGCUUGACUCAUUUGACAUCUCAAAAGGUCAAAUAAUGUCACAUUAACUUCGCACCUACUCACAAAUGUUCUCUGUCAUUUUUAAAUGUUUGAAUUGACUGUUUCCUUAGUGCACUAUUGUCUUGAUUAGCAUUUACAUCAAUAUUUUUUCUCCAUUUUUUUCACAAAUUUGAUUUAAAAUUUGAUAUCGGUCAGCGAUGAUAUCAAUUUGUUCAUCAAUGAACAGAAACAAUAAGCAGAAUAAAAACAAUUACGAUUCAACAUUCCACACGACUUAUGCGCUUAAGGUUACCUGGGAUCCAAAGAGCAUGUUAUACAAUGAGUGGAUAUCCAAUGUUGUAUAAUUAGUGUCGUUAUUGGACAUAUCUUGUAACUUUAUUUUGAACAACAAAUAACAAAACUAUUGUUAUGAUAUGAGUUCCAAUUUGGUGUUGUAAUGUAGAAAUUAAUUAUAUUACAAAGAAGUAAAAUUAAAAGAAUAGCAACACUUUAAAAUUAAUCGAUGGAAGAUUUUGUUGAGUCUUAUUACACUCAAUCAAUGUUAUAACAGUUUUCGUGUUUAAAGCAUUCCAGAUUUUCCAGUAGUUCCUCUCUCUCCAAUCCAAUCAUAACUUACAAAUGUUCUUUGGAGAUUUUUAAGUGUACCACUUAUAGUUGUUAUGGUGGUUUUCAAAAAUACACCUUCCUUCUCCCUAAAGAAGUGGGAACAACUUAAAUUGGAAAUAGCAUUGCAUAACACAACAAUAUAUAAAGUCUUGAUAAGUUAAAACUACGCAGUACCAAAAAAAAACCCAUUUUCCUUAAUCUGUCCAGUAUGAAAGUGAUUACAUUUUCUUAAGUAAUCAAAUUGUUUGCUACUGGAUGGACAUAUGGUUGCCAUUUUCGUAGAAUGAUUGAAAAAUAAGGAUUUUUUAUAGUUUUGUAUCUAUAUAAUCGUUUUCCAUCAGGACCCUUUUUUUACACCAGUAAUUUCGUGUCUUUAACCCAAAAUUUUUCUCUGGAAAAGAACAUAGCUACCAUUUUUUAUAAAUUGGUAGAAAUUCAUGCUGUUUAACACUUUGGGUAACAGACCAAAAUUGUGUCUUAAGAAUGCCAGUAACUUUACUCAGGGAUUACUAUAAAGUAGCAGACUUUUUAUAUUAUCUUACAUUUUUGUUUUUAACUUCCUUAGUUUUUUGUAAAAAUUUGUGAUUUUUCGGAAAACUUGUACAUAAAUAAAUUCUAUAACGGGAAGUAUGGCCUUUUUUAUAAAACAAAUGUAAACAUCAAAAUUGAUAUUAAGAUGAAAUGGGUUUUUUCACUAUAUACUAUAGAUAAAACUGUUCACUAUCACAAAUUUUUAUUGGUGUCAUAUUUUUUUAUUACACUUUGCAAAAAAAUGUGGGCGUUUGAAUUUUUUACACAUUUUGAAGUUGAUAAUUUUUAGUGUAUUUACAAUAACAAAAUGUCAGUGGAAACCCAUAUUUCAAAGUUAGAGUACAUAUCUAUAGUAGAUAUAUAGUAAAUACAAUUAAUUUAAUUGAAAAGUAAAAAAAUACUAAAAUAAAAUUCUGAUCGUCCUGGUAUUCAAACAUUUGUAGUUUUCAAAAGUUAAAGACAUGUCCCUAUGUUAGUAUUUUCCUACGUCUUCACACGUCUGAAUAUCUGGACAUUUGUACCCAAAGGGGUAAUUAAAUCUAUUCAUCACUUUUGAAGUGAAACCCAAUUAGUCAAUUUUUAGUUGGUCCCCAUACCCUCCCCCAUUUUGGCAAAGAUUAGAUAAAUUUCAAAUCCAAUAAUAAUAAAUUAAAGAAGCUUGGAACACAUUUGAUAAAAAUACGUAUAUUAUGUACGUGUUUGGGAAGAGAGGAGGAAUCUUUUGUAUAGGUCAACUUCUAUCAGUAAUCAAUAUUCUUCUACCACAGAAAAAUGUUUAAAAUAUGUAUUUACCAUGAUUACUAAUUUUUAUAACUUGAAUGGAAUUCAAUUCCAUCAAUUUCUGUGAUAAAUGCACCAAAUGUGAUUUUUCUAUACCAUACUGUUCUAAUGAAUAUUAUCAUAAAAUGAUAAAAAGCAUGAUAAACAAUCUUUUUGGUCUUGAAAUUGUAUACCCGUACUUGUAUGUUUUAUACACAUAUUAUGAAAUGUACAUUUUUGUCAUGUAGAAACCAAUAAAGGAAUUAAAAUUAA